CAACUUACGAGCAAGCAAGCAACCCAAGGCAUCAUGGCGGACAACUCGGCGACGGUGGGCAAGACGAUUACGUGCAAGGCGGCGGUGUGCUGGGAGCCGAACAGCGAGCUUGUUGUGGAGGAGAUCGAGGUGGCGCCGCCCAAGGCCGGCGAGGUCCGGAUCAAGGUGACGGCGUCGGGUGUGUGCCACACCGAUAUGUACACCAAGGACGGACACGACUCAGAGGGCAUGUUCCCGUGCAUUCUCGGGCACGAGGGCGCCGGCAUUGUCGAGUCGGUCGGCGAGGGCGUGACCUCGGUGGCGGUUGGCGACUACGUCAUCCCGCUGUACAUCCCCGAGUGCCGCGAGUGUAAGUUCUGCAAGUCGGGCAAGACCAACCUGUGCUCGGUCAUCCGCUCGACCCAGGGCAAGGGCGUCAUGCCCGACGGCACGUCGCGGUUCACGUGCAAGGGCCAGGAGGUGUAUCACUUUAUGGGCACCUCGACCUUUGCCGAGUAUACGGUCAUUGCCGAGAUCUCAUGCGCAGUCAUCUCCAAGGAUGCGCCGCUAGACAAGGUCUGCCUGCUCGGAUGUGGCAUCACCACCGGCGUCGGCGCUGUCCUCAACACUGCCAAGGUCGAGGAGGGCGACGUCGUGGCGGUCUUUGGCCUCGGUGGCGUCGGCGUCUCGGUCGUCCAGGGCGCCCGCCUCGCCGGCGCCUCGCGCAUCAUCGGCGUUGACCUCAACCCGGACAAGUUCGCCAUGGCCAUGGAGUUUGGCGCGACCGAGUGCGUCAACCCGGCCGAGUUUGACAAGCCCAUCCAGACCGUCCUGGUCGAGAUGACCGAUGGCGGCGUCGACCACUCGUUCGAGGCCAUCGGCAACGUCAACACCAUGCGCGCCGCGCUCGAGUGCUGCCACAAGGGUUGGGGCACCUCCACCAUCAUCGGCGUUGCCCCGGCUGGCGCUGAGAUCUCGACCCGCCCCUUCCAACUCGUCACCGGCCGCAAGUGGCAGGGCUCCGCCUUUGGCGGCGUCCGCGGCCGCUCCGAGCUCCCGGGCAUCGUCCAGCGCUACCUCGACGGCGACCUCAAGGUCGACGAGUACGUCACUCACAGCUUCCCCCUCGCCGACAUCAACGUGGCCUUUACCCUCAUGGCUGAGGGCAAGUCCAUCCGGUCUGUCAUCUCUCUGUAAGCCUGACCCUACCUCCAAACCCCCUGUGCAUCCGAGUAUGGGGACAUCCGUCAUCAAACGUCAGACAACAAACAGUCUCUCCUCCACCUUUACUCCUGCCUGCAUGUUUGGCGACGAAAAAACAACCAACACUGAUCCGAUAA